UUAAAUUCCCGGAAGUUACAGAGCACACUGUCCCCAGUACAAAACACGGACAUGUGUCAAAUAUAUUAAUAUUAUUACGUUCGUGACGUACUAAUACUCCGUGUAUGACUUUGCAUACUUGAAUACAGACAUGCUGCGUCUAUGAAAGUGGGAAGACAGAGUUUUCCGACCUUCUACAAGGAAAAGUGGCUUGGAAGGCCACUCUGACAAAGUGCAAAACGACCAACAGAUGGCGCUCAUGCACGUUGCAGUGCAAAACGACCAACAGAUGGCGCUAAUGCAACGCAACGUAUGGCAACUGCUGUUAAAGACCAUAAAAGAGGAAGAAGACGGGCAGUAGAAGAAAAAAAGGGGGAGAGAAGAUGGCGGAAGUGAGUUUUCGUAAGCAGUCGAAUGCCAAAUGCACGGAACAAACAAACGGAGGUUGGAAAGUCAGGGAGAACGGAAGAGGGACACGAGCUUUGAGUGAGGCCAGUGGUUCGGAACGAAGGGAAGAGAGUGACAGAAAUCAGCAAAAAAUGGAUAGAUGGGAGUUGAAGCCUUCAAAACCAGACUGACAAUCAUAUAUACCGUAGCUUGAUCCUAUCUGGUGGUGACAUUAAAUGUAUCUGUUUUUUUCCCCCUGAUGAAUUGUAUUUAAAGAAACUAUACAGACACGUUUUGAAUAUGGCAAUUGUAUACAACUUCAACACAUUUAAGAAACAAGUCUGAUAUUUUCAAACGAUUUAAAAGGAUAUUUCAAAGGGUGUAAAAUCAAAAUAAAAGGUUUUAGGAUUAUCUAUCUGUUCAUUGAUUCUAGCAGUCAUGCAUCAUACAUAUUGUGAUCGACAUCUGAUCAACUGGUGAAAGGGGAUUUUGACUCGCUCCUCUUUUGUCUUCAACCAACAAAACGUCUGUAGGAAUGGAGAAAAGGAUUUUGUUGAUAGCCAAUGGACAGGUGUCAAGAGCGGAGGCAUUGGCCUGCUCAGGCUACAGACACGCGUGUCAUGUGAUGCUCUACUCUGACACCAAAAGUCUGCUUUUCGGUAGAACGCCCAUCAAACAUAUCAUACUGAUGCAGAUGCGCUUUGACGGUUUGCUGGGUUUCCCUGGCGGGUUUGUUAAUCAAUCAAACGAGAGCCUGGAGGCAGGUCUUUGUAGGGAAUUACAGGAGGAGCUGGGUGUGGCCCUUUCUAUCUCCGAAGACGAUCAUGUGGAUGCUCGCCUUGCCCCUGUAACCUCCCCCUCGCCCUCCCGUCUCAUCACUCACUUCUAUGUGAAGAAGCUAACAGAGGAGCAGAUUAGGGAGGUCGAGCAAGCGUCGCUAUCCACAGCGAGUGAUCACGGCCAGGAGGUCCUUGGGAUGGUCCGAGUACCGCUCUACACUACAAAAACUGGGGGAGGCCUCUCCUCAUUCCUGUCACACGCUUUCAUUGGGAAUGCUCGCACCCAGCUGCUCGACUCUCUGCUGCGCCUCCACCUGCUUUCCCCCGAGGACCUGCACAAAGCCCUCAAGCACUCACUGAAGACACAUGCACAUACUGCAGUGGACCUGCAAGCAGCACUUGCACUGACAACAGCCAAGAGGGAUCAGUCUUAAAUCACGGUUACUCAAGCACACACACAUGUACAGUCACAAUAGUGUUUAUAGGUUCCUAUUAAAAAAAAAAAAAAAAAAAACUCAUCACCUUGAGCUUUAACUUAUUUUUUGUUGAUAUUAUUUUAUAAAUAACACUCGCAUUGGUGUACAUUUGGAAAUUACAGCACCUAAUAUAUAUACACUGUACUUCAAUGCAUAUUGUAUUUGUAAUCCAUGAAAAAGCCUUAGGGUUGUUUGAGACAAGCAUAUCAAAGAUGAAUGACCCCAAAUAAAUUGAGCAAAUGUCUUAAUUCAGAA